AUGCAGUCCAAGUUGGACACCCAACUUACAGAAAUUAAGAAAACCCUAUCUACACUCGAUAGAAAUUGCAUACCUCCUGUUUUCGAGCGAAUCGGCGAAAGAUACUUUUACAUCCAAGAAGAUGUCAAGCUAAACUGGACUGAUGCUGCGGACGCCUGUCGUCGAAUUGGUGGACAUUUGGCAUCUGUUCAAAGUAGAGAGGAGUUCGACGCCAUCGCUGCGAAGCUUGAGGAUUCGGAGAAAUACUUUCUGGGCAUCAACGAUCGGGAGGUAAUGGGUAAAUUUGUGUCCGAAGCCUCCGGAAGGCGAGCUGCCUUUUUCAAGUGGUAUCCUAGUGAACCUAGGUCUACAAAUGAUCGAGAGCACUGCCUUGCUAUUAAAGAGCGCUUUAUGUUUCUUAACAAUUGUACUUAUAAGAAGAAAUUCAUAUGUCAAGCAGAUGACAAAAUAUAA